GAUCACUAUUCAACUAACAUAAUAAUAAUAAAAUUUCGCUAAGAUCUAUUUCUUUCGCAUAUGUGUUGGUAGCAUGAAUGCUCGUAAGUACUUUUUCAAUAACGUUUGAUAGCAAUAAGAUAGAGAACUGCGAUUUUGACCAUUAAAAAGAGGAGAUGAAGGCGCAUCGAACUGUAGAUUACUGAUUUUUCUAAUAUGAUUUCUGAAGUGUUUUUAUUCAAUUUUCUAACCGUCGGAAAAAUGCUUUUUUUAUGAAAAAAAGAAAAACAGAAAAACUGAUCGAAAAUCGUAGUAGAGGUUCGUCUAGAAUACGUAUUAUCCCCAAAUAAUUAAAUUUACACCCGGGUCUUUCGCGUUUGUAGAUCUUCGAUUAGCGGUUUGAAUGUGAACCUGAUUAUUGAAAAUUCACUGUAAACAACUCACAGGAUAGGUUUGUUCUUUAAAAGGUCAACUAAAAACCUUACAAAAAACAGGUUAGGAAAAUCAGUAAUAUAUGGUUUGAUGCGCCUUCAUCUCCUCUUUCCAAUGGUCAAAAUCGCAGUUCUCUAUCUUAUUGCUAUCAAACGUUAUUGAAAAAGUACUUACGAGCAUUCAUGCUACCAACACAUAUGCGAAAGAAAUAGAUCUUAGCGAAAUUUUAUUAUUAUGAUAUUAGUUGAAUAGUGAUCAAAUAGCAUAGAAAAAUAGAGCGAAAGACGCUCUAUCUGUUCAUAGAAAAAGAAAAAUUUUUCAAGCUUUCUAUAAGAAAAAAUCGUACCUCCCUCACUACUUUUGGAUAGCCCUAAGUAUGUACUAUCAAGUAUCUCAUACACGAUAUACUUAACAAAAACGUCAAAUCUUCUUAUUAGACCUUUGAAAAUCCUCUUAAAAAAAAGUACUAUAAAAUAUUUGUGCUAGAAAUCAGUGAAAAAUGGCGAAAUCUUGUUUCUCUUAUAAAAUAUCUUUUCUCAUUUUCAAACUUCAAAGCAAAUAGUGCAUUCUGUACAAAAUUUAAGUCUUCAUCUAGUGGCAUAGUUUAUAAAAUUUUAGAAAGAAAUAGGUUGAUCAAGAAAUCGAAAUUAAAAAUCUCAAAAAAUUUAAAUAUAGCUGUUUUAGUUUAAAUUCAGAUUUUUGUUAAAAAUAAAAUUGAUAUUCGUAAUCAACGUAAAAUACUGCGGCUGAUAAGGCAUAUUUAAGGCUGAUUUAAGAGAAAAUUUUUUCUUCAAUCAUCUGAUUUGAAGAUCAUCCUUAGCCGUUCAUACUACAACUGUAUAAAUCUUCAGAUAAUGGAAUUGAAUAUCAGCGAAUACUUCAGUUAUUUUCACCUGACAAUGCCCUAUGAGCAACCUUCUGCCUCUUUCUCGAAAAAAUUUUUGAUUAUAAGGUGAACAUAGUCUAAUAUUUCUGCAAGUCUGGGUUACGAUGGUACAAACACCAUGGAAAAAGUAACCUGUCUAAUGGUACCUAUAAUACUCAAAGCAUUGGUAGCAUUAGCGGUAACGCUUAUAUCUCCUCAAAACUGAUUGAAAAUUUUCAGAAGACGUCACAUUGUAUAGACAACACUUUUCUCUAUCACACCAUGUGUAAGAAAAAGUCUUAAAGGCACUGAAAAGGAACAGAAGAAUUUUUGAAACUAAAAGAUUAAGUUUUUUAGCUUGUAGACAAAACUUUAGAAAAUUCCUAAUUUUUUCAAAAAUAUAGCGGAACGCUGAAAGUGGUCAUAUUUUGAAAAAACAACAAUUGUUGAAUCAAUAGGCGUGUAACAUGAAAAUGCUAUCUCAAGAUCCGCCGAAGGAAUUUUGAUAAAUCUCAGUACCUAAGGGUUUUGAGCGAUGCUCUUUCCGAUGGCUAACUUGAAAUAAUUUUUGUUGCCCGAGUCAUGUAGUAUUGCUUUUAUUUGGUUGUAUGAGCUUAAACACAAGGUUNUACUACAUGACUCGGGCAACAAAAGAACAAAUUGAUUUAUCCUGAUACUGUCAGAUGCUUUGAUAAGAGGAAAAAGUGUGUAUAACUAUGAAAUAGUACAUUACAGAACAGAAAAAAAACUACUGUAAUGUAGUAAAACGUCAAAAGCCUAUGAAAAAGCAUAGAAAUUCGUUGAAGACGAAGAUAAAGUCAUUUUCAUGCAUCACAUGCAAUAAAAACUAGAUAUAAUAUCGGAAGUAUCGAUAAUAGUGAAAAAAGAAGCUAAAAUUUGCCUGAGGUUUUCUAGAAAACUACUUAAAAUCUGUUCAAAAUCCUCUUUUAGACAUUCAAAAACCAUUGGGUUUGGUCAGCUCUUCAAACUCUGUCGAUAACCAUAUCUUAAGAUUUCAUUAGAUGCUUUAAAGUACUGAAAAAGGAACUAAAAUAUAAAUUUUAGUAUGUAGGUUUUUGAGAAACCUCGAGAAAACCAUUUUUAUCCAAGACCUGGAACUCACCAACUGUCCAGAUAUGUUCAAUUUUUCGAGCUUUAUCCAACCAUGUCCUUAGAAAUGUUUCAGCUAGCUUGCGAACGCGGAGAGUGCAGUUUUAAAAAAAUUUCACAUUUAAAAGUUAAAUAAAAAUUUCAGGUUAUGAGCUAGAGAGUCCGACUUUUUUUUAAAAUGUAGCCCACUCAAUUCUGAAUAGAACCGCUAAUUUGAAAUAUUUUUGCAGACAAGUGUUUCUUUAAAAAGAAUUAUUUUCUGUAAAUGGAUAUGUGAAAAACCAUGGUUAUCUGGAAACCCUACUUCUAACAUUUUUAAGAUUAUUUCGAGUUAGCCAUCGGAAAGAGCAUCGCUCAAAACCCUUAAGAAUUGAGAUUUAUCAAAAUCCGUUCUCUUCUUCAUACUGUAAAAAUUGAAAACUUUCUCAUGUUACACACCUAUUGAAAGUGGAAGAGUAUACUGGCAGAAAGUGUACAGUUAUAAAUUCAUGUGACAUUUAUUUUAUCAUUGGCAUUAUCAUUGACAGAUGUGUUUUCCCACAAGAUUAUUUUCCUCAGAAUAAAUACAGUACAUAAAGAAUGCCAGAACAUGAUUUUCGUAAUGUGUAAAUGAGACCUUUUAUCACAGUAACAGAAAGAGAUAUUUUUGUUUUUCGAUAGAUUUUCACGUAAUUUGAUAUUACAGCUAGCUAUAGAGUAAGAUCAAGACAUUAAUGAAGAUCAAUCAAAAUCUCACUUCUUUAAAACAAAACAGAGAAAUAUACUAGUGUCAGUACUUACUGUCAAUAGCUUUUAAUGUCAAUAUCAUUCUCCUUUGCCAUUCGAUUCUAUCAUAGAAUAAUCAGACGUAGUUUAGCAAAACUUUGCGUAGGUUAACAUUCAAUUUUUCUUCCAGUUUGUUCAAUGCGUCGCACACUAACUGAUGUUUCUCUACUUUCAUUUUUCAUAUUUCUAUUAACUGCGAUUCAAACAGGUAAGAAUUGAACUAGUAAUAGAAUUUUUUGAUAAUACAGUCUAACCGCAUAGCCAUCUGAACGCGUGCAAUGUUUUAAUACCAAACUAUGUCGAAAACGACAUAGUUUUUAAGGCGCGUUAACUUUUUUUCGAUUUCACCAUUAUGGAACGUUAUUGAAGCUACAUCUCCCUCUUCUUUCAUCUUAUGGGAAAUCUGGAGUAAACGUCUGAUCGCGUUCAAAUUCAUAUCAGCGAUGGAACAUUCGAAAAGAAAAUUGACGUAUUUUUACCCCCAUACCAGAAUUUUCUGGCAUGUUCUUCCAUGGUUAUCCAGAAAACUUGGGUUUUCAUCCAUGUACAUUACAAUGCCAAUUUCGAACAGGAUCGGAUGAAGUUUUCGUUAUCUAACAGGUUAUGGAAUUCCAAAAAAUGAUUUUUUGAACAAAUAGGUCGAGUUAUAACGUGUUGGUUUCGAAACUUUUAACACAUUUUUUUUUCUCUUAUUUUUUUACUAAGAUCUUUUGCAAACUCAGAUUUGGUGAUUACGAUUCAGAACAUGGACAGCAAUAUAAUAUGUAAAUAUUUGAAUACAUCUUUGUUUUUCACCACAAAAUUUGGCACGUAAUAUUCUUUACAAACUAGUGUCAUAUUCUGAUAAAAAUAUUCUUAAAGUUUGACUAAAUGAGUUACGUUGUCUAGUAUUUUUAGGAACUGCUUCAAAACGAACAGUGAAUGCUUUAAUAAUUAUUGAUGUUCAAAAUUGUUUCAUUAACGGUGAAUUAGCCUUAACAAGUAGUCCAGCAAAACAAAAGGGAGAAGAUGUGAUACCCGUUAUCAAUAAUCUUUUGAAAACUGUUCCGUUCGAUGUUGUCGUCUACACACACGACUGGCAUCCAUCUGAUCAUAUUUCAUUUUUCAAAAAUUUGAAACAACGACAACGCUAUGUAAAACAGGGAACAAAACUACCUAAUGGACCGCUUGAUAAGGUGCACUAUACCGGUCCCGUAGUAGAAACUGAGCAGGUUCUCUGGCCAACUCAUUGCAUCCAAGACACUCCAGAUGCCGAAUUACAUCGUGAUUUAAUCGUAACAACAAAUAAUACUAUACAUGUGUACAAAGGUACACAUCGAGAUAUUGAUAGUUACUCUGCGUUUCGAGAUAACAAUCGAGUCAGUGAAACAGAACUGAAUGUACAACUAAAACAACGAAACGUAACAAAUCUUUAUAUAUCUGGUUUGACGACGGACUAUUGCGUGGCAUUUACGGCUUUAGAUGCAAAAGACUACGGAUAUCGAACAUAUCUUGUAGAAGAUGCUUGCCGUGGAGUGGAUUUUGUUUCUAUCAAAAAUCAAUUGGAUGUAAUGAAACGUCAUGGAAUUGACAUUAUUCAAUCAUCUCAAGUUCUCAAAAUAAUCAACACUGCUGUUAUCAGUCCAUUAUUAUCACCUUCCACUGCGUUAAAUUAUAGCAACAGUACGGGAGAGAAAAAACAAAUGACUGUUAUUAACACUGUGCAAGGCAAAACACUGAAGAAAGAAAAAUUACAAAAGCAGAAAUUUUCUCUCAUAUUGAAUAAAUCACGAUCAUGUUGCAAAGCUCCAUUAGAAGAAGGGCUUGUAUUAAAAACGGAUAAUUGGCAAAUUCAUUUUACAAGCGAUUAUGACUGUACAUGUGCCAUGCUCGAUUCAUCAAGUAAACGAAAGUUUUUCAUUAUGAUUGAAUUAUUCUUAAGAUUCCUCAGUGUAAAAGAUGAAGAUAUACAGAAAUUGACGUUCAGUUUACGACGAAGCCAUCCAGAACAAAAUAAAAAUACAUUCUUUCAUAAUCAAAAAUUAUCAGUCACUCUUACACCUAAUUCACAACCAUCAAAUACGACGUUAACACAUCCCUCGUCAUCCAAUAUUCGUUGGUAUCACUCUAUUAAUCGAAAGGUACCUGGUCUUUCAUCAGAUAGAAUUAUAAUAUCAAAUCCUAAUCAAAGUGAAAAUCAAAAAUGUUUCAACAAUUCUUAUCAAUCAAAUAAUAAUCGCAUUGUUAAUGGCACAUCACAAAUUCAUCAUGAUGAGCCAUUAUUUUGUUCAACUACUAGGAAACAACACAAUAUUGAACCAAUAACCGUCACGAAUACUCAUAGACAGUUAAAAAGAGAAAUUAUUUCCUUUGAUGAUAAUAGUAGAGAUGAUCAACCAUCUUGUUUUUCACCACCAUUCCCCGUUUCACUUAGCAGCAUCUUAUCAUUUCGUGAACAACAUCAACAGAAUAUUAAACCAGAUGAUAGUUUGUCAAAAGAUGAAAACAUUCUUUUGACACUAACGGCAAGUAAUUCACCGCCCAUAAAUAUCAAAGUUACUAAUGAGAAUCAAAAUAUUCUUGAUCGACAGAUUCGCUCGGAGCUAAUUAAUAAUGAAUCACAAUUACAGACUCAUGAGCUCUCGAAGAACAUGUUGAGCAAUGAGUCAAAAAUUAAACAUAAUUUUGAUAUUGUGGGUGACCUACUGGAAGAGUUGGUUAAAAAAAUCGAAAAUCAAGAUCAACGAGAAAUAUCACAGGCAAAUGAAGACAAUCUCAUCACUUUAGUCAAAGAUGGAACUCCUUUAGUUCGUCGUUAUAUUGUCCAAGUUUGCAUUCAAAACAAUUACUUGAGAUCGUGGUUUAAAAACAAAACAAAUAAGUUGAAAAAUAAAAAUAAACUGCUGAUUAAUGGAGAUCGCAAAGCUCAGUCAACAGUAGAAGACCCUAAUUAUCAAGUGAGUAUCAGUUGUUGUGAUAAAGGUACAAUUACGCAAACUGGUAAAAUAGUUUCAACAACUGAACAAAAUUGUGAAAGAGUUAUUGUUCGUCAGCUGAAUAUUCAACAACCUGCUCGACGUCAUGUUCGAAUUCAAACAAUAUGUUAUCGAUUGCAUCCAAAGUAUUUUUUUUAA